GUGUGUGAGACUGAGAGGAGAGCAAGACCUACCUCCCUUCCCUCAACGCCGCCGUCUGGCGGCCAUGGCGGAUCCUCUCCAACGCAGCCUCCCCGACGAGAUCUCAAUCUGGGAGAUCCUCGUCCGCCUCCCUCCCAAAGCUCUCCUCCGCUGCCGCGCCGUGUGCCGCGCCUGGCGCAGCGCCACCUCCGCCCGCGACUUCCUCCUUGCUCACCACGGACACCAGCUCACCCUUCCCCUCCUCUACGGCUGCACCAACCUCGGCGUCCAAGGCGAGGUCCUAGACAUCAUUCCCUUCGACCACCGCCCAGGGCUAGCCGCCGCCGACCAGCUUCAGUCCGUCGCGCGACUUGGCCUUGGCCUCUCCUAUCCUUGUGUGGAGGCCUCCUGCGACGGUCUCCUCCUCCUCUCCCUAGGCCGGAGAGACUUCUUCGUCUGCAAUCCGGCAACUCGUCAGUAUGCUCCACUCCAACAAAUUUAUGCCUACGUGCUGCUGGGGAUGUACCCGCACAGCCCAACCGGCGAGUACAGAUUAUUGCUCUACUGGGACGAGGAUUUGAUUUAUCCAGAUCUGGCACCUGGCACACAAGAUGGCUCCUAUGUCUUCACAAUAGGCUCCGGCGAGCCGCCCAGGUACACAGGGUACCCUGAUUCAGGCAUAUUGAUGUUUAGCAACUCCAUUUUGUUUCAUGGUAGCCUGCAUUGGCACAUAGACAAGGAUGCGAGCACAAGCAACAUGAUAAUGUUAUUUGACACCACCUCUGAGUCCUUCCGGCAGAUGCGCGCUCCGGUUGUUCCUAGCCACUCUUCCCUGUUUGAGAUGGAUGGAAUGCUCGGCAUGUCCAGCUUUAAUCAUGCAGCCACAACCAUUGAUAUCUGGAUGUCACAAGACUAUGAUAGCGAGGCCUGGGCCUUGAAAUACCGUGUUGAUUUGCCGGUUACAGAUCUCACUGCGCAGUUUGGAAAGUUUACCGAAACUUGGAAUUUGGUGGUCACUUGUUGGAAUGGUGAUGUGCUCAUGCUGAUCAAAUUUGGUGAGUGGCUACUUCAGGUUGACGUGGAUGGCAAGUUGGUUGCCAGUUUUCACCGCAAAUUAGUCCGUUUUACUCAAUUCCAACUCAAACAAACUCUUGUUCCACAUACCUUCUUUCCGACACUAGCGGGUUAUGCUGUGAACACUUUGCCUUUCAUAUCACCAGAUGAUUAUGUUGUGGACAGCUAGCCUUUCACUUGAGGGCUGUUGAGUGCUUGUUAGCGACCUAGCUAUCUGUAUCCACAUGACCUGUAGUAUUUAUUCACUGGAUCUUCUAUGAGCCCGCUAGCUUCUUUGUUGAUGUGUAAAAUGUUAUAAUCAAGGAGCUCUGACCUUACAUGGUUGUGUUUUA